GCUUCUGGGAGGUAGUGGUUUUGGUCGUCCUGUGUUUCAGCGAGUCCUUGGUGAGGCCCACGUUCAGGAAGGGCUGUGGGAUACAAGGAGCGCGUUAAAGGACAGAGACUCAGUUUUGGGUUCUGUUUUUAAAAUACAGAUUUCUUUGGUGCGGUUCUGAGCAGUCGUGCUGCUUGUUUAUCUAAGAGGAGCUGAAAUGAGCCAGAGAAUGAUGGUCUCUAAGACAGCUUCCUAAUAUGUAUGCAUGAGCAGCUAGAGCAGGAGGUUUGCUGUGUGCAGACACACACUGAGACUAUCCAGGAAGCCAGUCAAGGAGCCAGACAACUCGUGAUCCACCACCUCCGCAAGUGCCAGCAGUAGCCUCACUCACCCCAUUCAGAUGAGGUGUUGCGUCCCAAUCUGGUGUUCUUACUAAGGACUCUUUCUGCCUUCCUGAGGUAAAGAUAGAAGCAAACAGGAUGGUAACUGAGUGUUUGAGAAAUUGUUCUCAGGACUCAGUGACCUUUGCUGAUGUGGCUGUGAACUUCACCCAGGAAGAAUGGACUUUACUGGACUGCUUUCAGAGAAAGCUAUACAGAGAUGUGAUGCUGGAGAACUACAAGAACCUGACCACAGCAGGAUAUCAGGUGUUCAAACCCACUCUGAUCUCUUGGUUGGAAGAAGAAGAGUUGAGUACUGUAGAGAGAGGAAUCCUCCAAGAGUGGGGAAUGCAACUUAAAGCCUCAGGAAUUCAGCAGAAUAUUUUUGGGAAAAAAAUGUCAAAUGGGAUACAAAAGGCGAGAGGCCAUAAAGUACAGGAACUCUAUGACAGUGAGCAAUGUGGGAAAGACUUCAGUGACCACUCAUGCCUUAGGACACACAGGAGUACUCAAAAUGGAGGGAACCCUUAUGAAGAUAAUCAGUAUGGGAAAAACUUCCUUACUCUGCACAACAAUUCCUUUGCUGGAGGAAAAUGUUCCAUGUUUAAUCAGUGUGGAAAAACUGUCAUGCUGAGUCCAGAUAUUAUACCCUGGAAAUCUAACAUACAAGAAAAAACCUUAGAACACAGAGAUAUUGGGAGAGCCUUUGUUAAUCAGUCUUACCUUCAGACACAAGUGAGAGCUCACAAUAAAGAAAAGCUCUACAAAUGGAAGGAAUAUGGAAAAACUUCUGUGCACUCAACAAGGCUUUGUGCACAUGUGCCAACUCACACUGCUAACAAAUGCUACAGAUGUGAGAACUCUGGGAAAGUCUCCACUGCAUCCCUAAGCCAUAGACAACAUAUAAAAACACACACUGGAGAGAAGCCUUUUCAGUGUGACACAUGUGGGAAAGCCUUUAGGUUUUCCUCCUACCUUCUUGUUCACAGUCGAAUUCACACUGGAAUAAAACCCUACAAAUGUAAGGAAUGUGGGAAAACCUUUAGAUUGUCCUCAUACCUUCGUGUUCACAGUCGAAUUCACACUGGAAUAAAACCCUACAAAUGCAGGGAUUGUGGGAAAGCCUUUAGAUUAUCCUCAUACCUUCGUGUUCACAGCCAAAUUCACACAGUAAUAAAACCUUACAAAUGUGAGGAAUGUGGGAAAGACUUCAAACAUUCUCUGCCCUUUAACAUUCACAUGGGGACUCACACUGGAGAGCAACCCUAUAAAUGUAAGGAAUGUGGGAAAACCUUCACUCGAUCCUCAGGCCUUAUUGAACAUAUGAAAACUCACACUGGAGAGAAGCCUUUUAAGUGUGACACUUGUGGGAAAACCUUCACUCGAUCCUCAGGCCUUACUGAACAUAUGAAAACACACACUGGAGAGAAGCCUUUUAAGUGUGACACAUGUGGAAAAACCUUCACUCGAUCUUCAGGCCUUACUCGACAUAUGAAAACUCACACUGGUGAGAAGCCUUUUAAAUGUGACACAUGUGGGAAAGCCUUUGCUUCUUCUUCCCACCUUAUUAGACAUUUACAGUCUCAUACUGCACAGAAGACUAUUAAAUGUGAUAAAUGUGGGAAGGCCUUUGCUAAUUCUUCAUAUCUUACUAUACAUUUUAGAACUCACACUGGAGAGAAGCCUUUUGAGUGUAAUGUGUGUGGGAAAACAUUUACCACUUCGUCAUAUCUUAUCAUACACAAACGAACUCACACAGGAGAGAAACCAUAUGAAUGUAAGGAAUGUGGAAAAACCUUUUCUCACUUCUCAAGCCUUUCUUACCAUAUAAAACGACAUUGAAGAGAGGCUAUUGAAAUGUGGAAAAGCCCAUCCUGCUUUCUCAUAUCUUAUGAAACAUUUUUUUAAAAAUUUUGGCUGCACCCCAGAGCAUGUGGGACCUUAGUUCCCAGUGACUGAACCCAAGUCCCCUGCAUUGGAAGGUGGAGUUUUAACCACUGGACCACCAGGGAAAUCCCUUACUAAAUAUUUUUAAAUUCAUAGUGGAAAGAUGCCUUUAGAAUGUAAUAAAUGUGGGAAAAGAUUUGCCAGUUCUUCACCCUUUGCCGUUCACAAAUGUAUUCACGCUGAUGAGAUACUGUAUAAGUGUUUGGAAUGAGGGGAGGCAUUUGCUGCUGCUUCAACUCUUAAGCUGUCUUUUUUUUUUUUCCUUUCUAAGCAUUUUUGAAAUGUUAUUUAUUCAUUUUGGCUGUACCAUGCAGCUUGUAGGGUAUUAGUUCCCCAACCAAGGAUUAAACCUGGGCUCUUGGGAGUGAGAGCAUGGAGCUGUAACCACCACUAGACUGCCAGGGAAUUGUCUUAAGUAUUUUAGAGCUCAUACAGGGCAGAAGACUUUCGAGUGUAAUAUAUGGGAAAACAUGUACCAGUUCAUCCAUUACCACACAGAAAGCUAUUCACACUGGAGAGAAACCCUAUAAAGGUAAGGCACAGAGGAAAGCUUUUCGUCUUUCUGAUUCACUUCCAACAAUGUGAAAGGUCAACACUUGGGAGCUGGCCAACUGUUAUGUAAGAUAUCACAGUGGAGAUUUCCCUGGUGGUCCAGUGGUUAAGAAUCUGCCUUGCAACAGUGGACAUGGGUUUAAUCCCUGCUUGGGGAACUAAGAUCCCACAUGCCACAGAGCAACUAAGGUUGCACACUGCAAGUACUGAGCCUGCACAGUGCAACUAGUGAGUCCAUGCACAGCAGCAGAGGAUCUGGCAUGAGGCAACAAAGUUCUCACGUGCCACAAAUAAGACUCAGCGCAGCCAAAUAAAUAAAAAAAAAACUCACAGUGAAGCCAUGUGAUAAUAUUAAGAGGCAUGGACAGCCAUUCACUCUUGCCUCAGUGAAAUUUAUAUUUUUUUUUUUUGAAAUUUAUAUUUUUUAAAUAUGGGAGAUCUUGCAAUAGACAGAAAUCCUACUGAUUUAAGCUAUGUGGGUAAGUUUUUUUUUUAUAAUUUUUUGCAGUUUAUACCUUUAGGUAAAAGAAAGUAAUUUUAACUUGUUCUUAGAGAUUUACAUGGUUAUUUAUUGAAGACAUCCAAUGUACCUUUUCCUGCGUAAAUUCUAAUUCUGCUAAAUAAUAUUCAUUUAUAAUCUCACUGUGGAGAAAAACUUUAUGGAUGUAAAGAAGUUAAUUGUGGAGUCAUCAUUUUCCAUUAGAUUGUUCCUCAUUCUUAAUAAGCAUGAGGUGUUUCAUAGUCAAGAGAAACUGAAUAUGGAGUAUUUGGAAAAUACUAUGCUGAGUCUGAAAUCUUAGAGUUGCUGAGAGGUGUAGAGUUCUGGGGGUUCUGUAGAUCUAUUUUAAGCAUUUGUGAUUUGGCUAUGACCUCUGGGAGAGUCCGACACAACUGAGGAACUAAACAGCAAGAACAAAUUCUUGCACACAGUGUGUCUGUCUUUACUCUCAUAGCCAGACCAGGCCAGUAUAGUGACUGCACUUUCAGUUUGCAACUGGGUCUAAAGUGGACCUUCAGGAUACGCACUUUAUCCUUGUCUAACCUGCUGGAUUCUCUUGUUGGAUUGACAUUGUCUUCACAUUAUGAAGACAGUGAGUGCUUAAAUGUGUACAGUGCUCACUAACCUCAUUUACAGUGAGGACUUCCCUGGUGGCUCAGAUGGUAGAGAAUCUGCCUGCAAUGCAGGAGACCUGGGUCCAAUCCCUGAGUCAGGAAUAUCCCCUGGAGAAGGGAAUGGCUACCCACUCCAGUGUUCUUGCCUGGAGAAUUCCACAGACAGAGGAGCCUGGUGGUCUACAGUCCAUGGGGUCACAAAGAGUUGCACAUGACUGAUGAACUAACUUUCUUUUCAUGCUGUCCAAGGUGAGGGAUAUGGUAUGUCUAUAAAGUUUGUAAAAUUAUCCUGUCAUUCUUACCCUGAUCCUGGCAUGUCACGAAAGAAGGUUACAUCUAAUGUGAGUCACCCCUUUUUCAUGAC